AUGCUCAAGUGCACGAAGGCAGCCGAGCAGGUCGAGGGCACGGAGGGUGUUUGGGAAGCUCAGUGCGGCGAUGACACAGGUGUAUGCACGAUCUCCUUCAGGAACAAGGACUUGGCCGACGUGUGCAAGGUUGGCGCGUCCAUCAGGAUGCAGAACACCUCAGUGAGGAUGGUCAAGGGCUACAUCCGAGUGGUCGUUGACAAGUGGGCGGCGUUCAAGCCUGCGGAUGAAGCGUUGGAGUUCGAGGCAAACGCAAAGAACGACGUGUCGGGUGUCGAGUACGAACUUGUGGAAUCCUGA